GCCAAGCAUUCAGAACAGGCAUGGCUGUGGCAGCCUCCUCAUUUCUCUCCAGCCUGAAGGAUAAAUAACUGGAUUGCUUUUUAAAAUUCUUUUCCUGCAUCAAGAAUUUAUAGCAAGAAAGCCUGAGCAAUGCUUUCAGGAACAGGUGGACAGGUGGAUACAGCCCUGCUCCUUCUUAGCCCCUAGGGAGAUAUCUCUUCGGACGUGAUGUUUUCCUGGAGUGAGAUAUGGUCUUGGGUAACAAUAGCAUACCCAGAGUUGGUGAGAGAGAAGACCUGGAUCUAACUUGCUUGCAAAGGGACCUGGAGCAGAAAGCUGCAUGCUUGGGUGGUUGGCUGGAUUAACUGGCUGUCAUUCAGAGGGAACUUGACAGAUCUAUUUUGCUUUCGUUGAACCUCUCUACUGCACUCGUAAGGAUUUCCUGGAUCCAGAAGCUGCACUGAAGGCAACUGAGCAGUCACAAAAAUGUGACUUUGACAAGAGACUGCGAGCUUUCUGCUGAGGAAUUUCUUACUGAUCUAUUUGUAAUUUAAGCCUAUAACCGAAGCACGCAUAAUAGUUAGUUAAUCUGAUAGGGGAAAAAGGCUUUCUCGUUACGUAGGGCUGCCAAAAAGGCAGUCACUGGAAGCUUCAGAAUGAGUGCUCCAUUAAUCCCAAACAAGUCAUGUUACUCCCAGCUUCAGGAUAACCGCGGUGAAAUAAGAAAUAAUAAUGAAAGCACAGUGAGCUUGGGGGAUACCAAUGCCAACCAAAUAGUGACAAAAGUUAGAACCACGGAAGGGGAUAUCAAGAAACAGGGUUUGACAGAUGAGGGUGGAAACGUACACUCUGGAGGAUCAGAGAGAGUUACUCGUCUGGAUACAGAACAGAAUAAACUGGUGUUCAGAGACUCUCGGACCUGUAACACCAGCGUACAGGAGAGUAAGCUGCCCUCAACCACAAGCAGGGAAAUAGGGAAGGACAGCAGGACCAGCGAAGUUAAGGAUAUAGCAAGGCAUAUCAGGAUUAGCCGAGGACAGAGUCUGUCCAAUUUAAAAAGUAGCACAAAUGAUGCUAACCUGGAGAUAAUUUCGAAAGGUGAUGUUGACUUCACCCAGAAUUUUCCUAAGGGUAAAAUGUCCAGGACUGUGGAGAUGGAAAGAAUAAAAAGGCUCUCUUUGGGCAGACCCAGUAAAUUUUCUCCUCAAUCUGAAACACUUACGAAAGAAUGUGUUGGCCGUGUGUCUUGUAAACGUCUGCUUUCCGCAUCAUUGGAUUCCAUUGACAGGUCACACCAUUUGAUUGGAAAUACAGAGAAAUCACAAAAGACUUCAACAGAUCAUUUUCUCGGGAUGGUGUUUCAUCCACUCGACAAUACCUCAGAGGAAAAUACUGUCUUUUAUUCCAAACCAUCUACCUCAGGGAACAAGAAAAUAAGUAAACCAGAAAAUGUACCAAAUGUUAACACUGAAAGCACACUGCAUACUUCUCAUACCAAUCAUCAUUCAGCUGUUAAGCCCAGUGAGAUUGCUAGUAAAUCAGAAGCACAAUUAGGUCAGGGUGAUAAAAGUAAGAAACUGGAGCUUAAGGCUGUGACAUCCCUACAAUCUAAAAAUACAUGUCAACAAAAGAUUGAGAGAAUUAUGGUGGUAGAGUUUCUGGGAUGUAAAAAAGAUGGAAGUACAACAGUAAAAGAACUGAAAGAGUCUGGAUCUGACACAUCAACAUUUCAAACAUCCCAUUUUCAAGACAUCUGUGAUAAAGCAGAGGAUUCCUUGUCAAAUCAGGUUGUAACCUCUUCUGACGACAAAUUGCGAAGUGAUAACUUCACCAUCCAUGGGGAAGGAAGAGGAGGCCAUGACAAUGACAGUGGGGCAGCUAGCCAGGUUAGUGAGGAAGACAGAGAAGUGGAAACAAUAUUCCCACUCACCUGCAAUGGUAAUUCCAGUAGCAAAGUGACACCUAGAAACAAUGAAAAUUUACAUGAAGCUGAUGCAGGCUGUGCUGGAACAGUUGGCGAACAGGUAUCUCUUGUACGUAACGUGUAUCUACCUGACAGCAAACCCUUGCAAGUUAAUGAGAAUAAACUGAUGCUGGUCAAAGGAAGCACUGAGGAUGCUGCCGUGCCUGCUUCUGAUCUCUCUGAACAAGAGAGAGUGUGCAGUGCAGAGACAGUGUCAAACCAACAGCCUGACAACCACGUCAGUGAUGUGGAAACCUUCUCAGUUCCAAGUAAAAAGACAGCUCCUGCACAGAAACAUCCUCCAGAUGAAGCACCAGAGAGCUGUAAGGUUUCAGCAAAGGCUGACACCUUUUUAUGUGUUCCAACUCAUGUGCGCCCGGUGGCAGUGCUGGAUGUUAAUAGUCAGCCCACGCUAUCAAACAGUAAUUUGAAGGACCUUUAUGCUCUUCCCGUUGACAAACUGUCACCUUCCUCAGUCCUACCUCCUGUUGACAGCACGCAGUUAAUGAACAUAUCCCCCAAAGUGCCUAUGAAGACUGCCAGCAGCAGCGCAAUCCCCAAACCUAUCCUGGUCCACUCCAAGGGCUCCCUCACAGAUAAGGUGGAUGUGGACAGUGACUGCAGUGAGAAACUGGAAGAAAGCAUGGAGGUGAAACCUGCCCUACCCAAGCCCAAACCUGUGAGACCUAAAAUCAUCACAUACAUCAGAAGAAACCCUCGUUCAAUAGAGCAGCUUGACCCUUCAUUUGCACCAGCGGGGUUGCCGUAUGGUACCGCAGCAUGCGCAGUGCCCAUCUCUACAGAGCAGAAGGCAUCCGGUGGAGGGGAAGGGAAGGCCCCCAGCAUCCUGUAUGACAAAUUUAAACCUGACCUCCAAAAGCCAAGGCUCUUCAGUUCUGGACUGGUAGUGUCAGGAAUUAGGCCCCCAGGUCAUCACUUCGGUCCAAUGGAUGAGAAGUUUCUACAGGAGGUUGGGGAAAGGCCUGCAAAAGACGAAUUUUGUCCUCCACCAUAUACUCACUACGAGGUCCCACCAAGUUUUUAUCGGUCUGCCAUGAUACUUAAGCCACAGUUAGGACUGGGUGCAGUCUCCAGGUUACCGUCUGCCAAAAGCAGGAUUCUCAUUGCAAGUCAAAGAUCUUCAGGCACCUGUCUUCAUCAGCAAGGAGAAAUAGCAAGUGCUCCCAGCCUCUAUCAUCCUGAUGCUUCAGUUGAUCUUAAGAAAGUCCCGUGUCCAAAUGCUGCAAAGUCAAAUCUCCCCAAGCCGUGUCCGUCUGCACUUCGCCCUCCAGGUUACUCGCGGUUGCCAGCAGCCAAGCUGGCAGCAUUUGGUUUUGUCAGGAGCUCAAGCGUAUCCUCCGUCUCCAGCAACCAGUCAAAUGACAGCGCUCACAGUGAUCAAAGCAGGACAACCAACCGUUCCAGCUUUGGAAAUGAAGAACAAACCACUCCUAAGGCAUCUGCACCUUCUAAAGACAUACCCAAGGGUAGCAGCAAAAGCACAACGCAGGUAUCGAGCAGCACAGCGACUCCACGCAGGAGCUUACUUCCAGCACCGAAAACUGCCACUGCACCUGCCGGCUUGAAGAAAGAAAUACAAAAGGAUCAGGAUGCUAAUAGACCGGCUAUCUCCUCCCCUAAGAGAUCAGCAGUGGCAGCCACCAAGCUCCACUCACCAGGACAUCCUAAGCAAAGGUCAACCACCCCAAGAAAUGUAUGCUCCCCCAAACCAGGAGAGAGUCGAGAUGCUGAAAAGCAGUUCAUCCAGAAGCUGAAGGAAAAGUGCGAUGAGCAGUCCCGGCAAUUAAGCAAUAUCCGAGAUGAGCUUAAAAGGACCAGCUGUGGCUUUGAUGUCUUUGCUAUAACAACACAGCACUUCUUCAGGCAGAAAGAAAAUGCUCUUGUGAAAAUAGACGAGCUAGGAGUUGAGCUUACAAAGAUCAGGGAUGAAGUCGCCAUCAACACAGCAAGAUGUAAGAAACUACAAGACGAGAAGGAGGAUCUGGAGAGGCGCUUAGAGGAGGAGGCGAGAAAGCUUCGCUGGCAGCAGAAGGAGGAGCUGCAGGUGCUGGAGCAGCGUUUACACGAGGAUUACAGCGCCAAGAUAGAGAGCCUGCAGGAGCAGCACAAGCUGCAGCUGGAGAUAAUCAAGUCUCAGCAUCUGCACCAGGUGUCCGACAUCACAGCUGCCCACCAAGCUUCAAUAUUACAGCUGGAAAACAACCACGCCGCCGCCCUUGCUGUACUGCAGGAUGAGCACAACUGCGAGAUCCGAGAACUGGUUGCUGCUCAUGAACUGGAGAAAACACAAUUAAAGGAGAACUUUGAAAAGCUGCGGCUGUCGCUGCAGGACCAGAUAGACACCCUCACCUUCCAGAACCAGUCCCUGAAGGCCAAAGCAGACCGAUUUGAGGAGGCUCUGAAGAAAAACACUGAGGAACAGCUGAAGAUUGCGCAAGCUCCUUAUCUGCACUUAGAAAAAGAUCUGAAGAGCUUAAAACACGUUCUGGAACUGAAGAACCAUCAGAUUCAUGAACAGGAGAAGAAGAUUAUGGAGCUAGAAAAACAAGCUGAGAAAAACUUAAUCCUGGAAGAAAAAAUCACUGUGCUGCAACAGCAGAAUGAAGAACUCAGAGCCAGGAUUGAGCAGAACACCGUCAUAACAAGGCAACUGUCAGAGGAGAACGCCAAUCUCCAAGAAUACGUCGAGAAAGAAGUGGAGGAGAAGAAGCGGCUGAGCAGAACAAACGAGGAGCUGCUCUGGAAGCUGCAGGGAGGAGACGCCGUCAGCCCCGUGAAAUCUCCCCCGGCAUCAUCCACAUCAUUUUAUCGCUGCUCUUCAGGGAACUCCUCGCCAGCCAAAGCCAGAACCGUGCGGCGGUGAUCCAUCAUAACCCUCUGCCUUGGGCAUGUUUCCAGCUGCUGAACCUCACACCCAAGGAAGUACCACCAUCAGCAGGUGCCAGAGCUCGUGGCUGCAAGCAUGCUCCCUGGCUGCAUAGCUUCACACUAGGCGGGGCUCUCCGAGAGACCCCAGAUAGGAGCUCGUGGUUUUGACACGUUCGUUACGGUAGCAGAGAGGAUAGUGAUAAGUUAGGAUAGCAGAAAGGUAGGCUAGCAAAAGGUUUAGCUUAGUACGGUAACGAUUUCACUGUGAUUAGAGCCAGCUGUUGGAAAAUGCUAUAUCACAGGUUCAUUGGGAUGGACUGCUGCUGCAGUACUUCAGGUUAGUCUCAAAUAGAGUUCCAGUUGUGAAUAUUUCUGUAUAUGUGUCUGUGUUUAUAUACAUGUAUGUACUGUACCUUUAUACCUAUAUAUAGAUGCACACACAUAUGUAUGUAGUUGAAGACGUUCUGAAUUGCAUUUUUUUAUAUUCUUGGAUACUACUAAGUGCUGAUCUAUUUUCAUUACAGUCAGCAGUUUUCUAACUCGUGCCUAAGACCCGUAUCAAAACGAAACGCGUUUCUGUUGCGCCUCCCAGGAACAUUUAUACCCGAACCAGAAGGAAGUCCCACAGAAAUAGAAGCGCCUUCCAAGUGACCACCAAGUGGUACAAUCCUUAACGUGAACACCAGCGACUUUGGCAUUCUGAGACAGUACUGCCUUGAGAACAUCACCUUUGCAUUGAGCACCAGAUGAGAAACGCAAACCAUCCACUGCUUUUAGCUCUUAGCGUUGAUGUUGUCAGCGGGGAUAGGAUAGAGAUGAGAAACCCAGGAGUUUUAGUCAAUAUGAUAGAGGUUACUGGGUAAUGUGUUUCAAUUUUAGACUCUUUAGCUCCUCGAUUGCUUUUAUCUCGCUUCCCCUUGACCCGGUUUUGAAAGUCAAAACCUCUGGGUGUAGGGUGCUGUUUGGGUUGAUACGUUUCAAGUCCCAUGAGCAAGGAGAAGAAAAUGAGCCCCUUAUGUUCAGACCAGCAUUAGGCUGAGCUGGUGGGCGCCUGCUGGAACACCAGGCGUGAUACAGAGGGCUGCAUGGGUGCAGAAGAGGUCAGAAUGUCCCCUUCCAUACCUACCCAUGUCUCACACCGCUCCACUUUACCCAGCGUUGCAAAGUGUGUGUGGGAGCCGUGCCCGGCUUUGCUGGAACACUCUCAGGAUGCUCUCUGCAGCUCAGAUACAGAUUUGGCCACCGCCAGUGCAUUCCUAGUAUCACUGCAACGCUAUAAAAAUGAUAGUGAUGUUGGGUUUUUUUCUCCUUUUCUUGAGAAAUUUACUUUUGUAGCAGCUCUUGCAUGUGAUGCUGAGUGACUUGAGCAUCUUGUCAGGAUAGACCUUACCACAGCAGCUGCCAUUGAAACACGUUGCUAGAUGGUAGUGUGUCCAGAAAGUACAGCCUGGAAACAAAAUAGGUACACACACAGAGGCCCUCCUCGCCAAUACAACGUAACUACCCUCAGACCUGCUGCAUGCACAGAAAGCUGCAAUACCUCCUGCAGUGUUGUGCUUCAGUCUGACGAUGCAGUUCUGAUGGGAUGAGAAAGGCAGAAUUGUUAUCAUGAGCUGAUCUCAGCUUCCCCACGUUGAACACACCAGAGCAUAUUAUCAGCCUGGGAUGGGCUGGCAAAGCCUGGCCUUCUUCAUUUCUUCAUUGUUCUCCUCUAUUUCUGGUGCUUUCCUACUCCCAUUUUUUAAUUAAAUUCAUAUUCAAUAAUUGCUUCCAGCAGUGAAUUGGGAGUGGGGCUUCAAUGCUGGGAAAACCAGGACCAGCCCUAGUUCUGCCAUCACUCGGUGUCAUCGCCAGCCCCUUUCCCAUUGAAUUGUUGCCUCCCAACCCUGCCCAUCACUGAAUACUUCCUUGGUGCAACCUCCACAUCACUGGCAAAGCUCAGAGCCUGGUGGGGAGGUGCCCCAGCCCAGCAAACCUUCCCUAGGGGGAUGUCAUCGGUUCCUCCUGAGCCCAGAAACAGGGAGUUCCAUCCCCCCCAGAAAUCACUCCUUUUUCUUGCUCUUCCUUCUCCUCAUCUCCAAGGAGAGGUCAGGCUGUACGUGCCACGGUGAGGAGGAGGAAGCACUUGCCAUGGAUGCCCACCAUGGGCUGGCCCCAGCGCUGGCUCCCCUGCUCAGUGAUGCUGGCACAUCUCCCCUGGGGACAGGGCAAAUGCAGGUGCCUGGCCCACCCUAUAGGGACCGGGGGGGCAGAGCCGGGUGCCACUCACCCCUCAUCCCUCAGGCAGCAGCUUGGAGUUCCCAAACGUUUGCGGAUUGAGCACUGAGGCCUUGGUGCAUCCCACGGCAGGGCUCUGGGGAUGGCACAGCGGCAAAGGCUGCUGCUGGUGCUGGUGGUGGGUGGGGAGGAAAGCAGACACUAAGAGGUGCACAUCAGGUAUGUUCCGUCUCUGCACUGAUCGCUUGUGUCCCAUGGACACGCCGAGGAGCCCCUGUACAGUUCCCACACAGCAGGAGUCCCACGGUCCGGUUCACUCUGUGGCUAAUGAGUACAGGAAGUUUGUAUUAUUUCGGUUCUGAUGUACAGAUAAGUGUAAUAUAUUCCUGAUAAUAAACACACGCGCCAGCACACAGCGUGGGUGGGCGCAUAAAAACUGGGGUGUCCCGCUGUGUUUUCUGCGUACACAGACAUCCAGACAAUGGCAUGAAUGGAAGGCAAAGAGAAAUCCCGUUGCGGCGUGGUAAGGACUGGGGGCCUCCUGGCAGGGAGCGGCCGAGUGGGGUUAUCACAGCUCCCGUGCUCUGCAUUAACUCCAAAUCCCAUAGACUGCCAUAGAGAAAAACGAGGCUCACAGACCAGCACGUCCCCGCAGCGACACAGCGCUGGGUGUGGGCACUUCUCGGGUGUCUGGUCUGAGGCACCUUCAGCCCCCAAGGCAGCUUUGGGGCGUGAGGACACUGAGCUGGGGCUCUUCCAGGUGGGGGCUGAGAGCACAGCGCCCCACUGGGGACUGCAGUGCUGCCCCGUGGGCUCAUCCCAACCCUGGAAACCCCCCAGGCAGAAUGUGCUCAGUGCACAGCCCCUAUUUCCCGUAGCAAACCAAGGCGGCGGCACCAGGGGCUGCACCCCAGGGCAGUGCUCUCCUGUGCAGCCAGGGACAGCCCGCAGGCAUUGCAGACAGGACUAGACUUUAGGACUAGAGGGAAUGGCUUCAAGCUGCACCAGGGAAGGUUCAGGCUGGACGUUAGGAAAUACUGCUUCUCUGAAAGGGUGGUCAGGCACUGGAAUGGGCUGCCCAGAGAGGUGGUGGAGUCACCGACCCUGGUGGUGUUCAAAGUGUUUGGAUGUUGUGUUGAGGGACAUGGUUUAGCAAGAACCAUUGGUGAUGGGCGAAUGGUUGGACUGGAUGAUCCUGUGGGUCUUUUCCAACCUUAGCGAUUCUAUGAUUCUAUGACAGCUGGGGGACAAAGGCGGGCUCAAAAACGAGGGCGAACAACAGGCACGGUUUAUUCGAGUACUGAGAAAAAUGCUUUAAUGCUGUACCACUUAACGAGGAGUGAAUUGCCAAAAGCUUCAUCUGGUGGUGAAGUAUUUACAGUGGCACCAGGAGAAAAGGGAGCUGUGCACACGCAUGGGGGGGGUCACAUUUACAAAUGUAAGGCUUCAAGCGCUGCACGGACACAGGAAAAAGAAAUCCAACCGAAAGAAAGGUAAAAAAAGAUCAAAAAUAGAUCUGUUUGCAGAACAAGCAUCAAAACUAUUUAACACGCCUGUAAGAAACUCUGAGAAACCAUUAGGAAAAUAGACCGUCAACAGAAAGGUAUAUACAGUUUGCUUCAUAAUUCAAAAAUAAACACUGUACAGACUCUU